AUGGCUGCUGCACAUGAGGAGGAAAAGGCUGCUGUAGAAAUCCAUACUGCUGCACUUGGGGACGAGCUGGCUGCUGCGGAAUUGCAUACUGUUUCACCUGUGGACGAACAGGUUGUUGUGGAAUUUCGUAUCGCUGCGCCGAAAAACCUUGAAGGCAGAGGCCAGGCUCUCGCUUCACCAACACAAGGAGUGAUACAAGCUAGACCAGGCGAACUGCCACCCUCGAAAUUUCCACUAAUAGGCCGCUACCGUAGACGCGAACGAUGCCACGUGGACCAGGUGGACCGGGAAUGGAAAUGA